AUGGAUCUCGCUUAUCUUGCUAACAAUGAUCAAAAUCUUCUAACCACGCUCCAAAAUCAAGGGAUUGACUUAGACACCCUUCUAUUCGUAGCAAAAGACCUUUUCAAUAUCAUAGAAGAAAUGAAGUUUGACCAAACCAGUGCAAAGAUGUUCUUUUAUCGGCUGAAAAAGGUGUAUGGAUUAGUAAAUGGAAUUCCUGAACCUGAAGAUACAAGUAAAAAAUCAGAUUUACCAGAUAAACUUAGCGUUGAAUGCAAAGACCCCAAUAAAAUUUAUUUUUUCAAUCUACUUCAAGGACAAUCUGGAGUUGACAAGCUCAACGCUCUUUAUGAGUGUGAGCAAUGUGGAACUGGACACACUUUUAAACGUUCUGAAGUCAAAAAUCAUGCUACAUUCCAUAAUAAUUCUAGAUAA